AUGACCACGCGCAAAACCAGCGAAGAGCCUAGCAACAUGGACGACAAUCCAGCACCCCAAGACCCCACGGCUCCCCUAGCCCAAGAGCAAAAACUCCUCGAACCCUACGCCCGCUUCCGCUCCGCCCCGCUCAACGCCCUGCAAGAACUCGGCCAACACAUCUGGGGCGAAGGAUGGCGGUCCUACUCCCACAUCAUCGGGCAGGAGAUUUUCUACCCGGGCUUCAGCGAGGAGAUGAAGGGGAUGGUGAUGCGGCAGGAGGCGCUGCGGCGACAGAUGGGGGUGUUGGCGAAUAAGCGGGUGGAAGCUGAGCUGUACGAAGGACUGCUCGGGCCGAUCGGGGUUGAAGGGGAGGCGCCGGAGUUUCGGGAGAAGAGGGAAAGGAGACGGAGGGAGAUCGAGGGGCAGUUACGGGAGGUCUCGGAGGAGUGGUUGGAUGGGAUGAUCUGUAAAAUGGACUCGCGUUAUUUCAUCCGCGGGGCGUACUACGCUGCUACGCAGCUCCUGACGCGGGCGUAUCACCAGGGGAUUCAUAUCAGUACGGAGGAGGUGAGGCAUUUGCGCGGCGUGGCGGAGGAGGCGGCGCGGAAGAAGCAGAGUUUGGUGUUUUUGCCUUGUCAUCGGAGUCAUGUGGAUUAUGUGAGUUUGCAGCUGAUUUGUUAUCGGUUGGGGAUGGCGUUGCCUACUGUGGUGGCGGGGGAUAAUUUGAACUUCCCUCUGGUUGGAUCUUUCUUGCAGCAUGCGGGAGCCAUGUGGAUCCGCCGUUCGUUUGGAGAGGAUCAGCUAUAUCCUACGCUGCUGCAGUCGUAUAUCGACACCUUGCUACAGAACGGACACAACGUCGAGUGCUUCAUCGAAGGCGGUCGGUCAAGGACGGGCAAGCUUUUGCAGCCGAAAUUUGGCAUCUUACGCUUCUUCCUGGAGAGCGUCUUGUCUGGCAAGGUCGAAGACGCCAUCAUCUGUCCCGUGAGCACGCAGUACGACAAGGUCAUUGAAGUCGACUCGUAUGUCAGUGAGCUGCUGGGCACGCCGAAGCCGAAGGAGGAUCUGGUGAGCUUUCUGUCGGCAUCUAAUGUGCUGUCAUUGAAAUUGGGGAGGGUGGAUGUAAGGUUCCAUGAGCCCUGGAGUUUGCGAGGAUUCAUUGAUGAGCAGAUGGGUAGGAUGGAGAGGCAGUCGGUCCAGGCGGAUGUCAUGGCUGGAGAGGGGUUGAGACGAAAGUUGCUGCAGACGCUUGGAUACCAAGUCCUCGCGGACAUCAACAAAGCAUCAGUAGUAAUGCCCACAGCACUCAUCGGCACCGUGCUCCUAACCCUCCGAGGCCGCGGCGUCGGCAAAUCAGAGCUAGUCCGCCGAGUCGACUGGCUCUGCGACCGUGUGCGAGCGCAAGGCGGCCGAGUCGCGCACUUCGCCGGCCUCAGCACGGAAACCGUCGUCGACCGCGCCCUCGAAGUCUUAGGACCCAAACUCGUCGGCCGAGUCUCAGGCCUUCCGGAAGAGACUUUCUACGCCGAAGACCGCUUCCAGAUGAGUUUCUACCGCAACGCUGCGAUCCACCUCUUCGUGUCCGAAAGCCUGAUCUGCGCGGCCCUGUACACGAGAGUCAAGACCGGCGGCGAAGCGAACGAUCAGCGCCUUUCGUACACCGAGCUGAGUUACUACGUCUCCUUCCUCUCCCAGCUCUUUCGCGCCGAGUUCAUAUUCUCCACGCAGCCUUUGGACGAGAACCUACAAGGGGCGCUACGCGGUCUCGAACGCGAUCAAGUCAUAUCCUGCACCCACUCCACCUCAUCCCCUGACUCGGCCAUGGAGGCCGUUGAACUGCACCCACACCAACGCGCCUCCGGCCGCGAAGACUUCGACUUCUACUGCUUUCUCAUCUGGCCCUUCAUCGACGCUUGCUGGCUCGGCCUCGUGUCGUGCUUCCUACUAACCCCACCACCCCGCCACCAGAGCCAGACAGGCGACACAGAAGCAAUCUGGCUCGACUACCACACCCUCCAAUCCCGCGCGCAGCUCCUCGGCAAAACGCUCUAUCAUCAAGGAGAUCUGAGCUACUUCGAGGCGGUGAACAAGGAAGCGCUGAAGAAUGCUUUCCAGCGGAGCGAAGACGCCGGCGUCAUUUUGGUCAGCAGAAGCAAAGACAGUAAGGCUCCGCCGCGGGUCCGGCUGGAUCAGGAGUAUUUGCCACGCAGAGACGGAGAGGGCAACUUGACGGCUGAAGGAAAGCUGUGGGAGUUGUGCGAACGGGUGAGUCUUGGUCGGAGAGAGGGGAAGGGAAGGCGGGAUGGAGGGACUGUGAAAAGGAGGGUUUUGGGGCUGGUUGAGCUGGUCGGGAGGGAGUUGUGGGAGGGAGAGGCGGCGGUUGGGGAGGGGCAGGGGAGUGUGAGGAGGACGAGAAGGAGGCGGGGUAUUGAGCCUCCGAAAGCGUUGUUAUGA